GUACCUCCGACCAGACAGCGGGUGGGCCAUCGGGGCCAUGUCGCUUUCGUCAUGUGGGGUUCUGGUCACGGUCUUCGUCAUGGGGGUAUUCAUCAGACACAACGACACUCCUGUGGUUAGAGCAAGCGGGAGAGAGUUGAGCUACGUGCUGCUGAGUGGGAUCUUGAUGUGUUAUGCGGUUACUUAUGCGUUGGUGCUGAAGCCUAGUGAUGCCGUCUGUGGGAUACAGAGAUUUGGUGCGGGUUUCUGUUUCACGGUAGUCUACGCCGCGCUCCUAACCAAAACCAAUCGAAUCUCCCGAAUAUUCAACGCCAGCAAACACUCAGCCAAAAGACCGAACUUCAUAUCUCCCAGAUCGCAACUGGUCAUUUGCAUGGGCUUGGUCGGCAUACAGGUCCUGAUAAAUGUAAUAUGGAUGAUCCUAUCUCCACCGAGGGCAAUCCAUCACUACCCAACAAGAGAGGACAACCUGCUCGUCUGUUCUUCCUACAUAGAUGCAUCGUACAUGAUAGCCUUCACCUAUCCAAUCUUCUUGAUCGUUGUUUGUACCGUCUACGCAGUACUGACCAGGAAGAUUCCAGAAGCUUUUAAUGAGUCUAAGCAUAUAGGUAAGUUUAAGUCUGUAACCUUAAAUCACGAUUUUUUUUUCGAAACAUUCCCGACAUACGACGCACGGCGAUGA